ACCCAGGCCGCUACGGUACAGUGGACAUGUAACUGUGGCGCCUGCCGAUACGUAACUGAACUUCUUCCACUAACAAAGCCACAUCUCUGCCGUGCAAGCAUCAAUCAUCAUCAUCACGACCAUUUACGUCUGAUCUAGGAUCCUCCACCGGUUGACCUGUCCUGAUCAACCUUACCACUACUAUUACAGACAAUUUUAUAAAUUCAAACCACAUCAUAUUCUCCUCCCGCCAAGAGUGCCGCCUUCAGGCAACUCGGACGAAUCGCAUCCGUUGAAAUUCAUCGAUCUUGCCCCAAUAGCUUAGGAGCAGCACUGCAUCAUGGCGGCGACAACAUCCUCAACCCAGGGCUGGGCCCAGUUACGACAACAAGCCCGAUCGCUCGAAACACAAACCGAAAUGCUCCUCCACACAUACGCCCAGUUCUCGAACCAGACCAACAUCCCACCGAAGCCGACAGAAGAGGAAAGGCAUACGGAAACGAGACUACGGGAGCUAUUGGACAAACGCGAGUCCGUAAUCUCCCACCUCACCCGCCUCCUAACCUCGGACCCCUCCCCCUCAGCGCUCAAGCAGAACAACCUCUCCCUUCUGCGCGACAAGCUCUCGGACCACCGGCGGGACCUCUCCCGAUUGCGGUCGACGCUCGAGUCGGCCCGCACGCGUGCCAACCUGCUAGGCAGCGUGCGCGACGACAUCUCGGCAUACCGCGCCGCCAACCCUGAGCAAGGCGAGGCCGACUACAUGCUGGACGAGCGAGGCAGGCUGGACCGCAGCCACGAUGUGGCCGACAGCGUGCUGAGCCAGGCGUACGCGGUGCAGGACUCAUUCGCGUCCCAGCGAGAGCGGCUGGCGCACAUCAACCGGCGAAUUACUCUUGCGGCGAGCCAGGUGCCCGGAAUCAAUACCCUGAUCACGAGGAUAUCGGCGAGGAAGAGACGGGAUGGCAUUAUUAUGGGCUCAUUCAUUGCGUUCUGCUUCUUGAUGUUCUGGUUCUUCUCCUGAGUGGCGGUGGUGAACGAAGUGGGAGAGCGCUUCACGAACAUGAGAGAGCGGAGAAAUUCUGCUCAAGGACGGUUAUGCGGCUCACUUCUUGUUGAGCGCAUGCUAUGGAUCUUUGGAAGCGCGACAGGAUCGCAUCUUCCAGGAACCCUUAUCGUAAGCGGCUGUACAUGACACACUACUUCAGUGUCGGGCUUUCGUACUUUGACGGGAAGCAUGGCGGGGAUUACGGCGUUCAGGGGCGUUGCGAGGCAAGUAAGUGUGAAAGUGAUUUUACAAAAUAAUAAUAUAAUUUACAAACCCAAGAAGAAGUCCACGGCAUUCUUGCUGGUUAAACCAUGGCUCGUGGACGCAUCUGCUGUAGACCAGACCAGAACAGACCAGAAUUUCC